CUCUUGCUGGCAAACGUACUGGACCCACGACAUUUCGCGAAUUAAGUGACUUUGCACGUGAAUUAGUGAAAGUAUUAUUUUAUCGUUAGAAAACUCAUAUUAUGGCUACUACCAACGGUGAACAUUGCGCCACCGUAAAGGCGAAGAAACCGAGACCCUUACUCGCCAGAACUUGGUCGGAAAAUUACGACAUUAAAGAUGUUGAGAUACCUGGGUCGCCAAAAACUCCAAGAACGUCCACCACACCAGGUCACGAAAACUGUACAUUCCACCAUGACUUGGAACUAGACCAUCGACCACCAACCAGAGAAGCGAUGCUUCCCGAAAUGUCAAGAUCAUACAAACUGCUGCUAGCAUCUCUAGGCGAAAACCCAGAGCGACAAGGACUUCUAAAAACACCAGAACGUGCUGCCAAAGCUAUGUUGUUCUUUACAAAAGGUUACGACCAAAGCCUUGAAGAAGUAUUAAAUGACGCAAUAUUUGACGAAGAUCACGAUGAAAUGGUUGUGGUAAAAGACAUCGAAAUGUUUUCCAUGUGCGAACAUCACUUAGUACCUUUCUAUGGGAAAGUUUCCAUCGGUUAUCUACCUUGUGGGAAAAUUUUAGGUCUCAGUAAAUUAGCUAGAAUAGUAGAAAUCUAUUCUAGAAGGUUGCAAGUACAAGAAAGAUUAACCAAACAGAUUGCAGUAGCUGUCACUAAGGCUGUACAACCCGCCGGCGUUGCUGUUAUCGUGGAAGGAACGCACAUGUGCAUGGUCAUGAGAGGAGUGCAAAAAAUCAAUAGCAAAACUGUAACUUCGACAAUGUUGGGAGUUUUUCGAGAUGAUCCGAAGACCAGGGAAGAAUUUUUAAAUUUAGUGCAAUCUAAGUAGUUAAUGUUUAAAUGUAAAAAAUUAACUUUAUCAUAGUUUAUUUUGGUGUUUCUUUUUUUUUCAGGAAAACUCUUUUAAUGAAAAUACUAUUAGCAUUUUAUGUAUUAGGAAAUUCCAAUUAAAAGUUGUACAACUUGUUCAGGUCUACAUAAAUAAUUCCAGUGAUUAGCCAAUAUGAAGCAUUUUUAUAUGCCAGAUCUAUGUACCUAUAUUAAUCAAUGUAAUUAAAAAGACCAAAUUUAUGAAUGGGACUAUGCUAAUAAAUAUAAUCUAAUAUAUGCUAAAACUAAUCCCUCAUGUUCUGUUCGCUUUUAUUAUACAUAAUUAUGAUUAUAUUUAUCAAGACCCUAUAUAUAAUAUUUUCAAAAAAACAAUUCCUAUAAAACUACGAUUUCAUUUUGAUAAUAAAACUCUUAUUUUCUCUUUUUCAGUCCUAAGAUUAAGAUUUUAAUUUUUAGUUUAUAUAUAAAAUAUAUAAAAAAUAUUUGCUUUUAUGUUUAUAUUAUUGAUGAUAGUAUUGUAAAAUUAUUAUAAUUUACUAUUAAUUUAUUUUAUUUAUAAAAGUACUUAACAAUAAAAACUUAGAGGACCACCAUAUAUACCAAUGUUGUGAAAAGUAUAUAAGUAGUUGUAAAAUUUACGUACAUUGUUGUUAUAUCUAUGUUACUGUGAUAAUAUAUAAAAAAAUAUAUUUUUUGUUAUUUUUAUUCCUUGAAAUAUAUCAAAAUUAUAUAUAUACGAAUUUUAAAUAUUGUUAUAUUUUAUAUAUUAUCUUCGUUUUGAACAUUUACAGUAUUUUUAUAUUUUAUAAAAGAUAUAUACCUAUGUAUACCUAAGUUACUUGUUAUAGAAUCAAAUCUGGACAAUCGAAAUAUAUAAUACCUAUGUGUGUCAAAAUAUUUAAAUAAAAUGUACUUGUCAG